GAGAGCUUGCGAGAGACAGCAGAGCGGUCCCAGGCUUCCUGAACGCGUCAGAGGCAGGAACCGACUGUGCUAAGGCUGUUGGCUCAACACGCAUAGACAGAGCCGGAGCAGCCUCAGAGACAGGGAAAGAAGAAAGGGUCCUCCCUGACCCAAGGAUUUACCACUAGUGGAGUACAGCUAUCUGACUUUUUGGUCUUAUUUUGGGUGCCUCUUCUCUCCUUCUCCUGGUAGACCUACCAGCUGGGUUUUGUUUCUUUCGUGAAACCUUCUCUCUGCCUCUCAGAAAAAAAAAAAAAAAAAAGAGGAAGGGAAGAGAGGGAGAGAGGUGGGUGCUCUAGAUGAGCGCAUCAGCUGUCUCCAGCCCGAACAGACAAGAAUUCUCUGCCUAGGAAGCUGCUCUCACUCUCCCGGCUACCCACCCCCCCAACCUGGGUGUCUGUCUCAGCUCAGAGAACCAAUCUCUUCUGGAGUUAGAAUCAAAGAGUACGCCAUCAAGAGAAAACAUCAGAGAGGACGACAUCAGGAAGAUUCCUGUAACUCCAUGCUGGCUAUUACAGAAAGAUCUUGAACCAAGCUCUGGCUGAGAAGAUGGUGAUUGACGGGGAGACAGUGGUCUUAAAGAACAUGCUCAUUGGGGUAAACCUGAUCCUGUUGGGAUCCAUGCUUAGGCCUUCUGAGUGUCGCCUGGAGGUGACCACAGAAAGGGUCCAGAGACAAACUGUGGAGGAGGACGGACGGGCUCCCAGCUACAACACAUCCAGCAAGGAACAGCCUAUGGUCUUCAACCACGUGUAUAACAUCAAUGUACCGCUGGAAAGCCUCUGUGCCUCAGGGCUGGAGGCCUCAGCUGAGCAGGAAGUGAGUGCCGAGGAUGACGCUCUAGCGGAAUAUACAGGCCAGACCUCAGACCACGAAAGCCAAGUCACGUUCACCCACAGGAUCAACCUCCCCAAAAGAGCCUGCCCAUGUGCAAGCUCUGCCCAGGUGCUGCAGGAGCUGCUGAGCCGGAUCGAGAUGCUGGAGAGGGAGGUGUCGAUGCUGCGAGACCAGUGCAGCACCAACUGCUGUCAGGAAAAUGCUGCCACAGGACAACUGGACUAUGUCCCUCACUGCAGCGGCCAUGGCAACUUUAGCUUCGAGUCCUGUGGCUGCGUCUGCAAUGAAGGCUGGUUUGGCAAGAACUGCUCAGAGCCCUACUGCCCACUGGGCUGCUCCAGCCGGGGCGUGUGUGUCGAUGGCCAGUGCAUUUGUGACAGCGAAUACAGCGGAGAUGACUGCUCUGAGCUCCGGUGCCCGACAGACUGCAGUUCCCGAGGGCUCUGCGUGGACGGGGAAUGUGUCUGUGAGGAGCCCUACACAGGCGAGGACUGUGGGGAGCUGCGCUGCCCUGGGGACUGUUCAGGGAAGGGGCAAUGUGCCAACGGUACCUGCCUGUGCCAAGAGGGCUAUGCUGGUGAGGACUGCAGCCAGCGGCGAUGUCUGAAUGCCUGCAGUGGACGAGGACACUGCCAGGAGGGGCUCUGCAUCUGUGAGGAGGGCUACCAGGGCCCUGACUGCUCAGCAGUUGCCCCUCCAGAGGACUUGCGAGUGGCUGGUAUCAGCGACAGGUCCAUUGAGCUGGAAUGGGACGGGCCGAUGGCAGUGACGGAAUAUGUGAUCUCUUACCAGCCGACGGCCCUGGGGGGCCUUCAGCUCCAGCAGCGGGUGCCUGGAGAUUGGAGUGGUGUCACCAUCACGGAGCUGGAGCCAGGUCUCACCUACAACAUCAGCGUCUACGCUGUCAUUAGCAACAUCCUCAGCCUUCCCAUCACUGCCAAGGUGGCCACUCAUCUCUCCACUCCUCAAGGGCUACAGUUCAAGACGAUCACAGAGACCACCGUGGAGGUGCAAUGGGAGCCUUUCUCCUUCUCCUUCGACGGAUGGGAGAUCAGCUUCAUUCCAAAGAACAACGAAGGAGGGGUGAUUGCUCAGCUUCCCAGCGAUGUAACCUCCUUUAACCAGACAGGGCUGAAACCUGGGGAGGAAUACAUUGUGAAUGUUGUGGCUCUAAAGGAACAGGCCCGGAGCCCCCCUACCUCUGCUAGCGUCUCUACUGUCAUUGAUGGGCCAACGCAGAUCCUGGUUCGGGAUGUCUCUGACACCGUAGCCUUCGUGGAGUGGACCCCGCCUCGAGCCAAAGUCGACUUCAUUCUUUUGAAAUAUGGCUUGGUGGGUGGGGAAGGCGGAAAGACUACCUUCCGGCUGCAGCCUCCCCUGAGCCAGUACUCGGUGCAAGCCCUUAGACCUGGCUCCCGCUAUGAGGUGUCUAUCAGCGCAGUCCGAGGAACCAACGAAAGUGAUGCCACAAGCACCCAAUUUACAACAGAGAUUGAUGCUCCCAAGAAUUUGCGAGUGGGUUCCCGCACAGCAACUAGCCUUGACCUUGAAUGGGAUAACAGCGAGGCAGAAGCUCAGGAGUACAAGGUUGUAUAUAGCACCCUAGCGGGAGAGCAGUACCAUGAAGUGCUGGUCCCCAAGGGCAUUGGUCCAACUACCAGAACUACCCUUACAGAUCUGGUGCCAGGCACAGAAUACGGAGUCGGAAUUUCUGCAGUCAUGAACUCGAAACAAAGCAUUCCCGCUACCAUGAAUGCCAGGACUGAACUUGACAAUCCUCGAGACCUCAUGGUGACAGCCUCCUCAGAGACCUCUAUCUCUCUCAUCUGGACCAAGGCCAGUGGUCCCAUUGAUCACUACCGAAUUACUUUUACGCCAUCUUCUGGGAUCUCCUCAGAAGUCACUGUGCCUAGGGACAGGACUUCAUAUACACUGACAGAUCUAGAGCCUGGAGCAGAAUACAUCAUCUCCAUCACAGCAGAGAGGGGUCGGCAACAGAGCCUGGAGUCCACUGUGGAUGCCUUCACAGGCUUCCGCCCUAUCUCCCAUUUGCACUUCUCUCAUGUGACCUCCUCCAGUGUCAACAUCACCUGGAGUGACCCAUCCCCCCCAGCAGACAGACUCAUUCUGAAUUACAGCCCCAGGGAUGAAGAGGAAGAGAUGAUGGAGGUCCUCUUGGAUGCCACCAAGAGGCAUGCUGUCCUGAUGGGUCUACAACCAGCCACAGAAUAUAUAGUGAACCUUGUAGCUGUACAUGGAACAGUAACCUCAGAGCCCAUAGUUGGUUCCAUCACUACAGGAAUUGAUCCCCCCAAAAACAUCACAAUUAGCAAUGUGACUAAGGAUUCGCUGACGGUUUCCUGGAGCCCUCCUGUCGCACCGUUUGAUUACUACCGAGUAUCAUACCGACCCACACAAGUGGGGCGGCUGGACAGCUCCGUGGUGCCCAACACUGUGACAGAGUUCACCAUCACCAGGCUGUAUCCAGCUACUGAAUAUGAAAUAAGCCUCAACAGCGUUCGGGGCAGGGAGGAGAGUGAGCGCAUCUGCACCCUGGUGCACACAGCCAUGGAUAGCCCCGUGGAUCUGAUUGCUACCAACAUCACCCCCACAGAAGCCCUGCUUCAGUGGAAAGCACCCAUGGGUGAAGUGGAGAACUACGUCAUUGUCCUCACACACUUUGCAAUUGCUGGAGAGACCAUCCUGGUUGAUGGAGUCAGUGAAGAAUUCCAGCUUGUUGACCUGCUUCCUAGCACUCACUAUACUGUCACCAUGUAUGCUGCCAGCGGGCCUCUCAUGAGUGGCACCAUCGCCACCAACUUCUCCACACUCCUGGACCCUCCUUCCAACCUGACAGCCAGUGAAGUCACCAGGCAAAGCGCACUGAUCUCCUGGCAGCCGCCCAGAGCAGCGAUUGAAAACUAUGUCUUGACAUACAAAACUACGGAUGGAAGCCGCAAGGAGCUGAUUGUGGAUGCCGAGGACACCUGGAUCCGACUGGAGGGCCUGUCAGAGAACACAGACUACACAGUGCUCCUGCAGGCAGCUCAGGAUGCCACACGGAGCAGCCUCACCUCCACUGUCUUCACCACAGGGGGCCGGAUGUUCUCUCAUCCUCAAGACUGCGCCCAGCAUUUGAUGAACGGAGACACUCUGAGUGGCGUUUACACCAUCUUCCUCAAUGGGGAGCUAAGCCACAAGUUGCAAGUAUACUGUGACAUGGCCACAGAUGGAGGUGGCUGGAUUGUAUUCCAGAGGCGGCAAAAUGGCCAGACUGAUUUUUUCCGGAAAUGGGCUGAUUAUCGUGUUGGAUUUGGAAAUCUGGAGGACGAGUUUUGGCUAGGGCUGGAAAACAUCCACAGGAUAACAGCCCAGGGCCACUAUGAGCUGCGUGUGGAUAUGCGGGAUGGACAGGAGGCAGUCUUUGCCUACUAUGACAAGUUUGCAGUGGAGGACAACAGAAGCCUGUACAAGCUCCGCAUAGGAGGCUACAAUGGCACUGCAGGAGACUCCCUCAGCUAUCACCAGGGACGCCCUUUCUCCACUGAGGACAGAGACAAUGAUGUUGCAGUCACCAACUGUGCCAUGUCCUACAAGGGUGCUUGGUGGUAUAAGAACUGCCACCGGACCAACCUCAAUGGGAAGUAUGGGGAGUCCAGGCACAGUCAGGGGAUCAACUGGUACCACUGGAAAGGCCAUGAAUUCUCCAUCCCCUUUGUAGAAAUGAAGAUGAGGCCCUACAAUCACCGUCUCACAGCCGGGAGGAAACGGCGAGCCUUGAAAUUCUGAGCACUAGGCAGCCAGCCGCCAGCCAAACGAUCUUUUUCUGUCAUUUGUUUGUAUUUUAUAAUAUGAGACAAGGGGGGAGGGGCAACCAUAAUGUGCUUCACAGUAUAUUCAGAGUAUCUGAAGGAAGCAGGGAUCAGUUAGGUACCAUCUGCUCAUAGUUUCUGCUGCCUUGGAGCCCUUCCCUCGGGCUACAUGCUCCCUGCUAACCACUCCUUUAUCACCCCCACCUUUCUCACAGAGGAGGAAACUGGGGAGUUUAAUGUACAAUUCAGAAACAGGCCACAAAGUACAGAUUGUUAUGGCGAUGCACACACACACACACACACACACACACACACCACACACGCACGCGCGCAUCUUUCUCUGCCCUCCUUCUGAAAAAAAAAAUCUUCCAACUUCUAACUAAUAGUGAACUGGUCACAGCUGACCGUGGUUAGGUGACCACACCAGCCAAGAAAAGCUUCAACAAGAAAGCUUGGCCAAUCAGCUCUUAAGAGGGAAGACACCCACCACAGCCUCACGCAACAGUUCAUUGAAAUGGGCAGAAGAGUCUCACAUUCUGACACUUAACUCUCAGGAGGCGUGGCCUCCCUUCCAGCCACACCCAUCCUUAAUUCUAUCCCCUAGAUCAUAUAGACCUACCAACCUGGUUACCAAAGCUGCCUGCUUCUGACCUGGGUCAUACAAUAGAUGUGCCCAGCCCCUGCCCCCACCACCACCACCACCACCACCCGGCCCAUGUGUCAUAAACCACUGUCGUGGAAUAACUUUCUUCGGUGGUGAGACUGGGAAAAGGGUUUUGUUUCUAGCAUAUUUGCAUCUGGCACUGAGAAAGGAUAGGAGCAGAAAUCAGAGCACCUAGCAGGAAAUCUGUAGUUCCCAUUGGAAACUGCCCUUGUUUAGUGCUGCCUUUUGCAUUUAUGAUCUGAUUUAGUGUUGAUUCCUCCCCCUAAUGUCAUAGGUGAAGGUCUCUCGUUCUUUCCCUGGCCAGGCUAUACUCAGUGCAAGUGGCUUAAUAAGAAUCAGUGGAAUAAAUUGGAUAAUCCCACCCCCACUCCAACUGAUAACCCUGGGGAGAGAUAGAAUGUUUGCUCUGGUUGUUCAUUUGCUUGUUUUGAUCCUGUGGUAAACAGAAGUGACCCCUUCAAUGAGGUGAGAUCAUGAGAAACAUUUUCCACCUCCCUUUUUUAUUCUGCUUUGAGAAGAAAAAUGAAAAGUACCAGAGGAAAUUGCAUUUAGAACUCCAAAGGUGAGAGGAGCAAACUCUCCACCCCUACAUGAUUUGAUUUUUAAGCCCUGGAGAGCUAGAGGCUGCAGACGCCAUGACUUUUAGCCUCUCCUCAAAUCAAAAACCAGCCCGUCUUCCCUGCAGCAUCUGCCCAAGUUGUGCCAAGUCUCUCAGCCACUUUCUCCCUGUCCUCACUCUUCCCUGAGGCCCCAGUAUGUCUGCUGUAGGACCCAUGGCUACCAUCUGGGGCAUCUUGUACCUUUGCCAACUAGUUACUGGAUGAGCUGAUAUCCUGUAAUAGAAACAGCCACUGUCUAACCAAACUUUGAACCAGAAGCACCAAUCCUCUUGGGCUGACGACCACAGGCCAUUGUGACUGACAGUGGAGUUAGCUUGCUAUUUUCUGUAGUCUUCUCCAUCUUUGUGAUUCAGACUCAUUGGCAUACUCAAGGCUGAAAAGUACAGGUGGAGUUUUCAUUUCUUUUUUUUUUUAAUUUUUCAAUUAGGGCUUAAUUUAUUUUUAACACAAAUAAAGUAAA